CAAACUCAAAUUUCUGAGUCUUUCGUUGAUUUUUUUUUGCUUCACUUUCUUAAAACAAGAUUUGACAUGGAUGCAAUUUCAUCUCUUGGAACCAAUCAUGUUCUUUCUGGGUUUUCUCCAUUUUCUCAGGUGAAUCAAUCAAAAUCGAAACUUUCUCCGGUUAUGAGUCUCGAUUUGAAGGAACAUGCCAUGGUUUCAACAGAUUUCACCAACCAAACUUUAACCGCUUUCUCUUCUUCCUCUGUGACUCCUGCAAAGACAUCAUCAAUUGGUAUGAGUAGAGGAACGAGAUGGUGGGAAAAGUCAACGAAUCAGAACAUGAUAGAGAUUCAAUCUGCAAAUCAUCUAGUUGACUCUUUGUUAAAUGCUGGAGAUAGAUUGGUUGUUCUUGAUUUCUACUCUCCUGGUUGUGGUGGCUGCAAAUCUCUCCACCCAAAGAUCUGUCAAUUGGCUGAAUCAAACCCAAAUGUGAUCUUUCUGAAAGUGAAUCAAGAAGAGCUAAGAACAAUGUGUCAUGGUCUUAACGUUCAUGUGCUUCCUUUCUUUAAGUUGUAUAGAGGAGCAGAGGGUAAAGUCUGUAGCUUCAGCUGCACUAUUGCAACCAUCAAUAAGUUCAAGAAAGCGUUGGAUAAGCACGGUAGCGAACGAUGCAGCCUCGGGCCAGCAAAGGGAUUAGAUGAGAAAGAACUUGCGACUUUGGCAUCGGUUGGGGAACUGAAAAUGAAUCUGAAUUCCUUUACAAUGCAUCAAGCUAGCAACAAUGGUUAUAAAACAGAGGAGCAAUAUCAAACGAUGCUGUAAAAGAGAUGAUUUUUCAUUAGGGUUCUUUGUGAUUUUGUAGCUAUUGGUAUCCAUUGUGAUUGGUUUGGCAUUAAGGUUUUAUUCUUUUUAGUUUCGAUCAAAUAUAUAGCUGAAACUUGU